CGGACCAGGGAAACAGUAAAAGAGCCGACGAAACGUGUCCAGGUCGUGACGAGGCGUGCGCUUCAAGUCUGUGACAGAAGGAUCGGGUCCAGCAUGUCUGUGGUGAGCGCGUACCGCCCGUGGAGCCUGCUGCCCCGGGCCCUGGCUGUGUCCCAGGCAGUAUCCCAGGCCUGCCCCCUCCACACACACACAGCCCAGCUGAACUCUAAUCGCUCCAGCGUGGUGCGUUGUGGGAGGCAGGUGUACGAGAGAGGCUUCCCUGUACUGCUGCUCCGGCCUGAUGGCUCCACAGUGCACAUCCGUUACAGAGAGCCGCGACGUCUACUGGUGAUGCCCGUAGACGUGUCCAUGCUGUCAGAGGAGGAGCGCAGGUUAAGGCUGAAGAAGAGGGAGGUGAAGAGGAGUCCCCAGACACCCCAAGCAGAGGAGUACCACGACCAGUUCAGAGCCGACCAGUACACACAAUUCUGGAAGAAGAAAUGAUCUGACUUUUCAAUGUCAACUGUGCUUUGUGUCAGUGUGUUAAUAAAGUUUUCAUACAUUU